UCAUAAAAUGAAACGGCCAUCAACAAUUAAGAAAUACAAAUAAUCACUAAAAAGUCAAUCCACCUCCUUCUUCUUCAUCUUCUUCUUUGUUCCCUUUCUUUUCUUACUCUUUCUUCACUCUUAUAUUAUAUAUAUUGGUCCAUUAGCUCUUAAUUAGUAGAAUAUAUAAAAGUUUAAUACUACUAGUACUAAGUCUUUAUUAAUACUCUCUUCAAUGGGUAACGGCAUCGGAAAACUCUGCCUCUGUUCCACCGGCGCCGGCAAUACCUCCCGCCGGCACCAAAACAACAACCCUUUCGGAAACUCAAUCUUCUACAUCCGACCACCAGACACAUUUUCCGACGACGACUUCACAACUUUCCGAUCACUCUCCGGCGCCUCUGUCAGUGCCAACUCCUCCACCCCACCUUCCACCGUCACCACCAUAACAACAACCGAAAUGGACUCCUCUGCUUCGUUUGAAAGCUCCACUUCCUUUACUUCUUCACCUAUGCCUCUUCAGCAACAUGCUGGUUCCUCUGCUGGAAGCUGUAGCGCCGUAUGGUGUAGCCCCACCAAGAAGUUUCCAAGAAGAAACUUGCUGAAGAAGAUUCUCAAAAGGGUAGUUUCAGUUUCUAAGAAAAAGAAAAAUGCUAUUGUUAAUGUUUGUGAUGUGAAUUUGCAAGAAGUUGAUGGUGAAAAGUAUAUGGAUAAUGAUGAUGAUGAUGAUGAAGGUGGUGGUUUGUUUUUUAUGGGAAGUGAGAAUCUUCAAUGGGCACAAGGUAGAGCUGGUGAAGAUCGUUUACAUAUUGUAAUAUCAGAGAAAUAUAAAUGGGUUUUUGUUGGAAUUUAUGAUGGUUUUAACGGUCCAGAUGCUACUGAUUAUCUUCUUGAAAAUCUCUUCUUUUCUGUUUAUGAUCAACUCAAGGAAAUUCUCUUAGAAUUAGAUGAAAAGUAUCCAAAUUUGGAUUCUGUGUUGUUUAGUCUUUCUGAGGCAUUGAGGAAAACUGAGGAAGCAUUUAUGAAGAGUGUUGAUGAAAUGAUAAACAAUAAUUCUGUGUUAGCUAUGAUGGGUUCAUGUGUUUUGGUGAUGUUGAUGAAAGGUGAAGAUGUUUACUUGAUGAAUGUUGGAGAUAGUCGUGCGGUUUUAGCUACUCAUCAUCAUUCUCUCAAGUCACUUCAGCUUACCAUGGAACAUAGUACUCUAAUCAAAGAGGAGGUUUGUAGAAUCAGAAAGGAGCAUGCAGAUGACCCUUCUGCAAUAAGUAAAGGCAGAGUGAAAGGUUACUUGAAUGUAACAAGGGCUUUUGGGGCUGGGUUUCUGAAGCAGCCUAAACAAAAUAAUGCAAUAUUAGAGGCUUUCAAAGUUAACUACAUUGGUGACUCUCCAUACAUCACAUGUUCCCCUUCACUCCACCACCAUAGGCUAAACCCUAGUGACAAAUUCUUGAUAUUGUGUUCUGAUGGACUUCACCAAUAUUUCACCAAUGAAGAAGCAGUUGCUAAAGUGGAGUCAUUCAUCACUUUAUCACCAGAGAUAGACCCUGCACAGCUUCUCAUUAAAGAAGCAUUAUGUAGAGCUGCCAAAAAAGCUGGUAUGAAUUUUCAUAAGUUGCUAGAUAUUCCACAAGGGGAACGUCGUCUUUAUCAUGAUGACAUUUCAAUUGUCAUCAUCUCCUUUGAGGGAAAAAUAUGGCGUUCAUCAAUUUAAAUAUAUACACAUAAACAACUGAUUAUACACCAUUGGAGUCUAAUAAGUACAAGUGGUUGAUGCGAAAAGGUGUGUGAGCAUUGUAACUUAUUCAGUUUAGGUAUUUGGUAUAGAGUUCAAUUCUACUAAUAAUAAUUUUUAAAUUUUUUAUUUAAAGUAAUAAUUUUUAAAACUUUAAAAGUCUA